AUGUCGGUCCCGUCUGCUGAAAGUGGUGGUGAUGUUUAUUUGUGGCGUAAUCAAUCUGGCGGCUUUGGUCCGUCUUUCUCUGCUCGUGUUACUUGGGAGAGGAUCCGUAUGCCUAGCCCUUUAGUUCCCUGGCAGUCCGUCGUGUGGUUCAAAGAGGAGCUCCCUCGUUGUUCCUUUAUAAUUUGGACUGCCUAUCUUGGAAGAUUACCUACGAGGGACCGCUUGAUCUCAUGGGGGCUAUAUGUUCCAACAGAUUGUGUCCUAUGCUCUGCAGCUGAUGAGUCUAAUAGCCAUCUUUUCUUUGAGUUUGUUUUUGCGGCUGCUACUUGGUCUCGUUUUUGUGGCAGGUACAUGGCGUCUCCCCCGGCUUCGUUAGCUGCAGUCCUUGAAUCGUGCCAACAUCUUCAAGGCCCCCAUGCUGAUCGUGCUGUAAUAGUCAUGAAGCUUCUGAAUCAAGUCAUCAUCUACUCCCUCUGGCGUGAACGGAAUGCCCACAUCUUCAAAGGCGUAACACUGACCCAGGAGGCGUUCUUCCAUGUCGUCGAUCGAGCCAUGCAUGAUAGACUUCUGUCUUUGUCUCACCCAACGGCUGCUGUUGUUGCUCCCUCUCUUCUUGAGUUGUACUUUUGGUUUAUAUCCCCUUAUAAUUAA